AUGCUGUUCAAACCCGCUCGGGGAGCCGUUUAUCUGUACCUUUUGGGUGUUUUUUGGGGGGCGCUCCCCGGUGCUCCUCCGGCGUGCAGCGGCUGUAGCAGCAGCGGCUCCGCGGCGGCAGCUCACUGCGUGGCGGUUUCCGGUGUCCGUCCGUCUGCAGGAGGAUGGCGUCCGGCUUCAACCGCAUCCCCUCCGCCGCCGGUCCUCCGAGUCACAAAUACACCCAAGGUUGUGCACCACAGGCUGAAGACGACACUGAAAAACAUCGAUAACCGGCUCCGGUUUUCUAAAGGACGUGUUAACACAGAUAAAGCACUCGGCUGCUCUCAGCGUGCUGCGUCCCGUUUCUAAACCCACAUCCAGCCUCUUCAGUCCAGCACUAAAGCCCCGCUCAUCCCCCGAGUGCUGAACCCGUGCAUGCGAAGUGGAAGGAUGACGGAGGCGUGGCAGCAGCAGCAGCAACAUGCGGUGGCUCCACCCUCUGUUGUGCACACGCUCCCCCAGGGAACCGACAACCCUCUGGGCUGCGCCGUGUACGGAGUCGUCCUGCAGCCAGAUGCCUCCCUGCAGCAGCCCCAGCACGGCCAGCAGCACUCUGUCCAAGCCCAGCAGCCCUCCCUGCAGGUCGGCGGCGAGAGAGGGCACAAGUGUGGUGCCUGCGGCCACGACAUAUCUCACCUGGCCAACCCUCACGAGCACCAGUGCAUGGUGAGCCAAGACCGGUCCUUCCAGUGCACCCAGUGUAUGAAGAUCUUCAGCCAGGCGACGGACCUGCUCGAGCACCAGUGUGUGCAGGUGGAGCAGAAACCGUUUGUGUGCGGCGUGUGUAAGAUGGGCUUUUCUCUGCUCACCUCUUUGGCGCAGCACCACAACUCGCACGGGAACGGGAACAACCCGAUGAAGUGCUCCAUCUGCGAGAAAACGUACCGGCCCGGCUCUGGAAACGCCACCCCGACCUCGUCAGCUGCCAACCCCCAGCAGCCGUCCACUGGUGAGACGUCCAGUGGCGGCGCGGCGAUCAGUGCCUCGUCUCCUCCUGCGUUUGAGGCCUCCGCUCCCGACCGGCCAUACAAGUGCUCAGUGUGCCAUAAGUCCUUCCGGCAUUUGUCCGAGCUGACCCGACACGAGAGAGUACACACCGGUGAAAAGCCAUACAAAUGUGACACGUGCGACAAAAGCUUCAGCCAGUCUUCGCACCUGGCGCACCACCAGCGCACGCACAGCUCCGAGCGGCCGUACAAGUGUGCCGUGUGCGAGAAAAGCUUUAAGCACCGCUCCCACCUCGUGCGGCACAUGUACGCUCAUUCAGGCGAGCACCUGUUCAAGUGCAAUUUGUGUGAGAUGCACUUUAAGGAGUCGUCCGAGCUCCUGCACCAUCAGUGCCAGCCAGAAGGGGAGAGGCCUUUCCGCUGUGGUUCUUGUGGGAAGAGCUUCAAGCGCCCGUCGGACCUGCGACAGCAUGAACGCACGCACUCAGAGGAGCGACCUUUCCAGUGCGAGGAGUGCCAGAUGAGCUUCAAACAGCAGUACGCUCUCGUGCGCCACCGCCGCACUCACAAAAAUCCAGCUGAUCGCCCUUUCAAGUGUAACCUCUGCGAUAAAGGGUUCCUCCAGCCGUCGCACCUGCUCUACCACCAGCAGGUUCACGGCAUGGAGAGUCUGUUUAAGUGUGCGUCCUGCCAGAAGUCUUUCAGCCAAUCGGGAGAACUGCUGAGGCACAAAUGCGGCGGCGAGGUGGAGAAGCCCUACAAGUGCGACGUUUGCGGCAAAGGUUACAAAAAGAAUUCGACGCUGCAGCGCCACCAGAACUCUCACUGCACGGAGAAGCCGCUGAAAUGCUCCCUGUGCGACAAGCGCUUCGUGUCGUCUUCCGAGUUUGUUCAGCACCGCUGCGACCCAACCCGCGAGAAGCCCCUCAAAUGUCCCGACUGCGAGAAGCGCUUCAGGUACUCGUCUGAGCUGCAACGCCACCGCCGAGUUCACACCGGGGAGAAGCCUUUCAAGUGCGCCAGCUGUGACAAGAGCUUCAAGCAGCGGGAGCACCUCGCCAAGCACCAGAGCGUGCACUCGCGGGAGACACAGUUUAAGUGUGUGUGGUGCGGAGAGCGUUUCGUUGACCUCACAGCUCUGCAGGAGCACACGGUCCAGCACACUGCCGAGGGCGAGAGUUUCCCCGAAGCUCAGUGCAUCCCAUGAACCGAACUGCUCCUCAGUCCUGGGUGGCAAACAUGACAUUCACCCUCAAAGCAACGUGUGCCAGCCUCCGUUCCCCCACUUGUAGUUUAUUACAUGCACCCAUUAAUUAUUUUGAAUGAUUUUUCUUUUUUUAGGAUCAAGACACAUCCUCAUCUUUUGUCGAGUAAAUGGCGCCCGACAUUAACAGAGGCGAUUAGGAUCCCUCUUCUUAUUUUGGAACACAUGGAAAAAAACUUGAACAGAAUGAAAAAGGCGUAAAAAUGUGAGAAGAUCUUGGUUUAGUUUAGUGCCGCGUGUGGGACCUUACUCCGUGGUUGCAUGUGACCGUCUGUUUUGUAACGUUUAUUCUGUUAGUCGAGAAAGACGGAAAGACCUUCCAGACAGUCGUCAGUUAUGUGUGUGUGUGUGUGUGCGCGCUCAUGUUUAAGCUCCUCUGAAAUCCAUGUGCCUUUUUUUACCGAUCACUUCACAAAGUCGUGUUUUUGUUAAUUUCACGUCCCCCCAAAAAAACCCUCCCGUGCGUAUACAGCGGCUGGCAGUAUCUUUUCACAUACUAGAUCUAGGUAGUAUCAUCUGUUUGUGCAUGAAUAUUUAUCACACUUUAAUAUCACUGUUGUAUUAUAGGUUUGGUUUAUUUAGGAAAACAUCCUAAGAAGAAGAAAAAAAAGUGGAUAUGUGAAAAUGUAUAGCCCUAGUCCUAUAAAAUCUGUGUUGUUGCAUCUUUGUAUUAAAACAAAUGACGUCUAGGUAACUAACCCAUACCUAUUAUGUCAUACAAACACUUGACAUGUGCAAUAGAACAUGCACAAUGUAAUAUUUAUGACUACUGAUUCAUGGCAUAGUCUACUCUGUUAUAUUAUAGAUUGUGUGUAUACGCUUAUUAUGUAAACAUUGAAAACUGUAUAGUGCUUAUGUUACCUGCUUUUGUAUUCACUAUGAAUGAGCUUGCAGUAUUUUGCAAGUACUUUUAGUUUCGGUUACAGAGGGAUUAUCACGCGGUUUAACCCGAUAAGACUUCAAAAGCAUUAUAUUGCUCACUUGCCACAAACUAGCUGCAUUAGUUACUGUGCGAUAGAUCUAACAAACGUAAUAUUAUUUUUUAUGUUUUUUUUUUUUUUUUUGUUUUUUUUUUUUUAAAGAAUUUGGCCUUGUGACAUCCUCACGGGAUCCUAGCCUCGUCCCGGUCCACGCCGGACACUCAGCAGAUUAAUCCGAGUAGCCUCAAAAGUUGCGAUUUAUGUGUUGGUUUAUGCCGGACAUAACGUAAAACAUUUGUGUACUUUAGUUUACCGUGUGGAUUUCUACAUUCACAAUCUUUGCAGUAUAUUUAAAAGAUGGUUUUUGGAGUUUAAAGAUCACGGGCGAUGGGGGGGUUACAGCGGGGUGGGAGGGGACUGUGUGGUUGUGCCAUGGUUUAAGUCCUGGUGAGUCUGCUUCAAAACGAGUGUAACGAAGCGUUGGAUUUACACAUACGGAUAUCAAUAUAGACUCCUGUUCAUACUGUAUACAGACGAUUAAAAUAAACCACCCUUAUGACAAAAAA